AAUUAAAGGAGGCACAUUGAUAUCAACUGAUAUUAUAAAUUGGCAAGUAUCAAUACAAAUGCGAAGUACACAUAUUUGUAGUGGCAUUAUAAUAAAUUCACGACAUAUUUUGACAUCGGCAAGUUGUGUUGUUUUGGAUAAAUCAGUUUUUUUUGCAAAUAUUAAAAUUCGUGCUGGCUCAAAUGAUCUUCUAGAUGAUCAAUAUGCUUGUUAUCGUGAUGUCUCAUCAAUAAUCAUUCAUCCUGAUUUCAAUAUGAAAAAUUUUUGGGAUAACGAUAUUUCCAUACUCGUACUUUCAAAAGAAUUAACAUUAAAUGGAUAUACUAUUGAUAUCGGAAGAUUUUCAAAACGUAGAACAAUUAAGGAACGACUUGCAGUGACUGGAUGGGGUCGUGAUAUUUCAAAUGAUUUUUCAAUUUCACAUUAUCUUCGAAAAAUUUACAUUCAAAGACUGAGACCUGUCCAAUGCCAAAAUCUUAUGAAAAGAUUUUUCAAUGACAAUCAAGGUUGUGCUUAUGGACAUCCAAAAACAACUUCAGUAACACAGGGUGAUAGUGGGGGUCCCUUAUUGCGCAAUUUUGAAAUCAUUGGAAUUGUUUCUGUUUUUUCAAUUACGCUGGAAAGACAACCAUUCGUAUUCAUAAAAGUUGAAGAAUAUCUCAGAUGGAUUGAUCUUAUGACAAUUCUUUAUUGA